CAAUGAAGAUCAAGCAAGUGGGACCGUCCGUGGAGCUGGCCCCAGGAUGCUCUGGGGGUGUGGAUGACCAGCCGUCGAGCCUCCCACGGCCCAGGCCCGGAUGCCGCCGCCCCACGAAGACCACUCCCAGAGGGCCACCUAGUUUCCUGACCCGGGGACCCCGCCCGUCCGGUCCCCACCUGGUCGCCCAGCGGCCGGGCAAGGCGCGGGAGUAGCUUCCCGAGCCCGCCAAGCGCGCGAGACGGCGCAGGGAUCUGGGGAAAAGGGCUUGGCGCCGCCGGGCAGCACCUUCGCCCAAAGGCUCGGCAAAAUGACCAGCCUGUUCCGCCGGAGCAGCAGCGGCGGCGGCGGUGGUGGCGGUGGUGGUGGCAGCGGCGGGGGCGGCUCCGCCGGGGCGCGCGGGGCCGGGGGCAGCGCCACGCCCACCGCCCAGGAGCUCAACAACAGCCGGCCCGCCCGCCAGGUGCGCCGCCUGGAGUUCAACCAGGCCAUGGACGACUUCAAGACCAUGUUCCCCAACAUGGAUUACGACAUCAUCGAGUGCGUGCUGCGCGCCAACAGCGGCGCCGUGGACGCCACCAUCGACCAGCUGCUGCAGAUGAACCUGGAGGGGGGUGGCGGCGGCGUCUAUGAAGACAGCUCGGACUCGGAGGACAGCAUUCUGCCGGAGAUCUUGGAAAGGACUUUGGAACCUGAUAGCUCCGAUGAAGAGCCCCCACCAGUGUACUCCCCACCAGCCUACCACAUGCACAUGUUCGACAGGCCUUACCCUCUGGCUCCACCCACUCCACCUCCCCGCAUCGACGUGCUGGACUCCGCACCCCCUUCCAGCCAGAGGCGCUAUCGGAACUGGAACCCGCCACUGCUGGGCAACCUCCCUGACGACUUUCUCCGCAUCCUGCCCCAGCAGCUGGAGAGCAUGCAGGGCAACCCCAGGGGCUCCAAGCCCAUGAACAGAGAGGGAGGCCUGCCCCCCGCGGCCGGGCCCGGGCCCCGGGACCAGGAGAGCCGCUGGAAGCAGUACCUGGAGGACGAGAGGAUCGCGCUCUUCCUGCAGAACGAGGAGUUCAUGAAGGAGCUGCAGCGCAACAGAGACUUCCUCCUGGCCCUGGAGAGAGAUCGAUUGAAAUACGAGUCCCAGAAAUCCAAGUCCAGCAGCGUGGCUGUGGGAAAUGACCUUGGCUUCCCCUCUCCUGCCCCAGCUGGCCCUCAGAGGUGCCUCCCCCUUCCAGGAACCAAUGACGCCAACCCCGCCGUGUCUGAAGAUGCCUUAUUCAGGGACAAGUUGAAACACAUGGGCAAAUCCACCCGGAGGAAGCUGUUUGAACUGGCCAGGGCCUUCUCGGAGAAGACCAAGAUGAGGAAGUCAAAGAGGAAACACUUGUUGAAGCAUCAGUCGCUGGGGGCUGCUGCGUCAACAGCCAAUCUCCUGGACGACGUGGAGGGCCACACCUGUGAUGAAGACUUCCGGGGCAGGCGGCAGGAGGUGCCCAAGGUGGAGGAAGCCCUAAGGGAAGGACAGUAAGAGAUGACAGUUCCUCCUCGCUGGAGAUGAUCUGACCCGGUGGAGGCAGCCGGAGAGCAAUACCGGCCCCCAGUUGAAGAGCCUAGCUGCAGCCGGACAGACGGACAGAUGGUGCUUGAGUACCGAGGCCCAGCGAUUCUCCGGCCACAGUCCAGCCGAGCCACUGCCACUUUCAAUGGGACUUAGAACUUCGGAGUUGCAUGCUGUGAUUGGAGGAAGGACCUGGAAGGAGGGGGGGCGGGGCGGGGCGGGAGGGUGGUGAUUGGCCAACCAGGGCCCCUUUUGUAGCCAGUCUGUUCUAUGGGCAAUGAGUGGAAAUGCAGGAUCCAAACCCCUUCUUUAAAAAAAAAAA